AUGAGUGCUGUGAACAUUGAUGAGCUCCCGCUGGAAAUUAUUGAAAUGGUGCUAUCUCAUCUGAACGUCUAUCGGGACUACCCGAACACUCUCCUGGUUAACGAGAACUUCCGGCGAGCGACUUCGAACCUGAUCCGACGGCGAACUACCGAGUCCGAGAAUCAGCUGAUGCUCGACAAGGCGAAGUUUUCCAAAUACAGAAGGUUCUCAGACCAACAAGUUCCUCCGCCUUGUGCAUAUCAUCGUGCCGCAGUCUGUGACUCGAAGAUGCUCGUCGUGUCGAACCAUGUCCUCUGGACAUUCGAUCUGGUGGCUCGGAAGUGGCAGAGGAGUGCACUUGCUCCGCAGAGCUUGUUUGCGGAAGCCGUUUGCACCUACGGCGAAAACGUUCUCAUUUUCCUGGGAGCCAGCUGGGACCAGGACGGGGACACGGACGAGACAGAAAACGCGGUCGUUCUCUACAAUUCUAAAGAGAAUACACUUCGCGACGUCACCAAUUUAACGAGAGCACCGUGCCGGUUCUUCGUCAAUCCCACCGUCGUGGGCGAAUGCGCGAUUCUCGUGCAUUAUGAUCCGGAGACAUCAUCGGCUGGACAGUCGGAUAUCUUUUGUCUAGAUCUGAAAACGUUGACAUGGACAUCAGAGAGUGCGGUCUCGAGGGAUCAGCCGUCCGAGCUGGAUACGAUGUGUCAGAUUAAAAUUUCGGAGAACCAGAUUUUGUACAUUGGGGCAACCUGGCAUGGAGAAGAAGUGUGGUUGCUCCAGAUAGGGGUCUUCUUCAAAUGGAAACGAAUCUCCGUCAUUGACGAACAUUUCGCACCGAAGAAAGCGGAGUAUCUAUCCAAGCUCGUAAGGGUUGGGGAAAACCUUGCCGUGACUCUCGCGCCGUCGGAGAACAGGUGCGGACAGAAUUCUUGUGAAGUGAAACACUUAUCGAAGAAGGCGAUGUCUCUUCAUAUGUUGUGCUUCAAGGAUUUAGAGUUCGAUAGGGUUCGAUGGCUGAGACCUAAUACUGAGGGCUCGAUCCGAGGGACCUUGACUGGAUACUCGCUGUUGUCUACGCCUUUCGAGCUGUUGCUGUUCGGCGGUCUGCGGGAAGAUUCGAAAGGCAGGAAAAGUGAAACGAACAGCUUGUACACAACUUUCCUGUCAGCCGAGGACUCUCCACGUGGAACAAGUUCACCCAGUCCGCGGGAAACGGUGCCGCCGACGUCUCGGCGGGAAUGA